AUGAAGUGGGCAAUUAUCUACUGGCUCCUGCCUCUCGCCUGCGUGGCCCAAAUUCCCGUUGACCCGCUCCCUUACACACCCCUCGGGCCCAAUCCCACCCAGAAGGUGUUUCCCACCACGACCUGGUGCGCAACAGUAACGCCCACCGAGAUUCCUGGUGUAAAGCCCAACGUAACCCUCUCAUGUACAACAUACGCCCCGGAACCGACAGUAUUUGCUCGAUUCAACCGCAUCCCGAGGGCCCGAGGCCAGGCACGAUGCUGGUACGAUAGCUACGUCGACAGGAUCGAGAUCGAAAAGCGCACGCUGAACAAUCAGGCCGAAAUUCUCAAGGGUGUCUACGAGUGCCAGGAUAGGUGCCAGCAGCCUCUCUCGAACGGCAAAGAGUGCAAGUAUGCCGUCUACGUCAAAGCAGGCCCUAGAUCGAAAGACCUUUGCUUGUUGGACAAUCUGGUUUACGAACCGUUAGCUGUUAAUUACCGUGGCCCGUUUGAUUCUUGGCUCUGCAUUGGCAGCGAGAAGAUGCUGCCCGAAAUUGAGGAUGCUCCAGAUACGAAUGAGGGGGAAAUAUAA